UCUGCUCCAAGAUGGCGGCUCACAGAGUUUCACAUCACACAUCAUCGCAAUUGAAAGCAAAAUAACAUUAUCUGCGGGUGGUUUAAACUCAUGAGGAGGCUGACCAGAGGGAGCCGAGCGGGGCUGAGCGGUCGCUAGUGAAACGCGGAAACGGUUUCCCCAUGGUUAGGGCGUAUAAGGAGCCGGGCUCGGCGUCGGUCUGAACGGGUUUGUGAUAUCCGAGUAUGGCCACCGAGAACAGGAUCAAUUUUUGGAGGAGAAACGCAAAGGUUCCCGGAAGUGUACAACCUGUAUAUGGAGCACAGCAUCCACCUCUCGACCCACGAUUACGGCGCGCGUACCACAAAGACACGAAGCCUAAUUUUAACAAUCUCAAGACUAAAAAGGCCUCCAGUUUCCAUGAAUUUGCUCGCAGCACCAAUGAUGCUUGGGACAUUGAUGAUGAGGAGGAGGAUGAUUUCCUUGGGACACCUGCACCUACUUUGUCUCUACACCCAACAUCCACUCAUAACCAGUGUACUCAGCAGCAGCUGCAGAAUCUGGCCGAUGAUACAGACACAGGGAUGAUGCAUCCCCCAACAAAAGGUCAACACCUUCAGGAUGUGCAGGAAGAGGACGGAGACUGUGAACACCUAAAUGGCAAGUUUGUCAAGUCCAGUAGUGAGGCUGACCUCAACAUGUCCUCAGUUCGCUCCUCACUACAAAAGCAGCAGUCUCUUCCAGUUCGCCCCAUCAUCCCGCUGGUAGCUCGUAUCUCCGAUCAGAAUGCCUCAGGGGCGCCGCCGAUGACUGUGCGGGAGAAGAGCCGGCUGGACAAAUUUAAACAGCUACUGGCUAGUCCUAACACGGACUUGGAAGAACUCCGGAAGCACAGCUGGUCAGGCAUACCAAGAGAAGUUCGACCAAUCACAUGGAGACUUCUCUCUGGCUACCUGCCGGCAAACAAGGAGCGCAGAGAGCUGGUGUUAAAAAGGAAACGUGAAGAAUACUUUGGCUUCAUAGAACAGUAUUACCACUCCAGGACAGAUGAGCAUUAUAAGGACACAUACAGACAGAUUCACAUCGACAUCCCAAGGACCAACCCUCUGAUUCCCUUGUUUCAGCAGCCGGCAGUACAAGAGGUGUUUGAGCGAAUCCUCUUUAUCUGGGCCAUCCGUCAUCCUGCUAGCGGUUACGUUCAAGGAAUUAAUGACCUGGUUACACCCUUCUUUGUCGUCUUCUUGUCUGAGUUUGUCACGGAAGAUAUGGAGAAUUUUGAGGUGGCAGCCCUUCCUUUGGAAACCCAAAGGAACAUUGAAGCUGAUAGCUUCUGGUGUAUGAGCAAACUGCUGGAUGGAAUACAGGACAACUAUACUUUCGCUCAGCCGGGGAUCCAGAACAAAGUGAAAGCUUUGGAGGAGCUCGUGAGUAGGAUUGAUGAGGACGUUCACAAUCAUUUCAAGAAGUAUGAGGUGGAGUACCUGCAGUUUGCUUUCCGCUGGAUGAACAAUCUGCUGAUGAGGGAGCUACCACUGCGGUGCACUAUUCGCCUCUGGGACACCUAUCAGGCCGAGGCAGAGGGUUUCUCCCACUUCCACUUGUACGUUUGUGCAGCUUUCCUCAUAGAGUGGCGCAAAGAAAUUCUCUCCAUGGUCGACUUUCAGGGCCUUCUCAUGCUAUUGCAGAACCUUCCUACAAUCCAUUGGGGCAAUGAAGAAGUGGGUCUCCUUCUAGCUGAAGCUUAUAGACUCAAAUAUAUGUUUGCGGAUGCACCCAGCCACUACAAGAGAUAGGCCUGGGGCUUCCACAGCAUGAGCACAACAAGGACUUUUGCAUCCAACUAGACUGUAUUUAAGCAGACCUGCAGUAUUUCAGAUACCCCGCACAUGCUAUGACUCUGAGACGUCCUUGAAGAGGCCGACAUAUGUGACCUGUGCAGAAAAACUCUCCACACUGUUAAGUCGACCAGCGAAAGAGGUAAAAGGUGAAGGCCAACUCCUCAGUUUUGUUUUCCCUCUACAGAUGUGUCUGGCUGUGUUGUGCUUAAAUCUCAGAGCCUUGUGACAAAUCAGCAAGAAUGAUCCUGUGAACAUGAAUUCCAGUGAGUUUCACACUGGAUGUGGGUUAAUGGUGCAUCCUUACAGCUCAGUGAUUACAGGAGUAUUUUGCAGUCCAUGCGCUGCACAGUAUCAACGGACUGUUACAGUAUAAACAGCCAUAGCUAUGUGACUUCGGUUUAUUUAUAGUUUUUUGGUCAUGCAACAAUGAUUGUCUCUCCAGGUAAAUGUACAUUUAAAAGAACUGUGUAAUUUAAAUGGAUGAUGAAUGUGUGUGAAAUCAUCCGUUUAUUUAAAGAUGGUUUCUAUAGAUUCUAUUUUUUUGCAGAUUUGUUUUACCAAUCAUUUUAUGAGGGAAGAAGUCUUAAACCAGACAGUUGCAUUAUUUUGAUCUUUGUCUUUUACAGCCUGUUUCACUUUAGUCUGACACUGUUUGAGAUGUUUGGGGGAAAAAAUAAACUGCAGUCCCACCCCUCCACCCCGUCUGUAAUAAGAGAGUUAUUUUGUGAGAAGACUUUAGUUUUUUAGGUUCAGUGUUACCAAAUCUGCAUCGUACAAUCAACUAAUGAUUUGGACCUUAAUCAUUUAGUUUAAUUAUAUGUGCCAGUGGAGUUCCAGAGUAAAUAUCCUCUUUUGUAGCUCCCAUAAAUUGAAACAGAUAAGCUCUUAAUGAAGGGCUGAAUAGACGUUUCAAAAAAUGUUCUUAAAAUUGGCAUUGUAGGUGGAAUUUAGGCACACACGAAGAGUACAGAAGGUGGUUUGGACUGGAAAUUGACAAACUGGUGUCAGUAUGUAAUUAGCACAACUAUGAAGCCUAUAGGUACAGGAAUAACAACAAAUGUAACAUUUUAGUUUUAUUGCCUGUGAAGACCUUUUGUUUAAUGUAGCCUUCAAAACCCCCAUUUCAUACUGUAUGUUUGCACAUUAAUGGAUCUAAGGUCAUGGUGGUACAUAACUCCCUACUUUGUUCGUUUUUAGACAGUUUAAUAUAUUUUUAAUACAAUAUUGUGGCAUAUGCAAACACUCCUCUUGACUGGUACAAAAUUAUAUCAUACAGUUUGACAAUGUGUGUUCCUUUAUGCUUAAAAACAACAGUGGUCUUAAAGAUAGUCUUUGUAGUAUAUAACUAGAUACCUAUGGUCACUGUAAAGAAGUCUGCAUAUGCAUAAUUAGUUUAAAAUAUUCAAUGUAAAAACUUUAAUGAGUUUUAAAUAGUUUCAAUAAUUGUUUAUGGGGAUGAAGAUUUAGUGGUGACUCUUAAUGCUGUAGGACAUUUAGUCACACAAACCUACUUGAGACAGUCCUGUGGACACAGUGCAGCUCAGAAUAUGUUAUGAUGCCUUUGUUAUAAACAUGUGUAAUGUAUUCUUGUCUUUUACUGUGUAACAUGGUUCUAUAUUCUGUUUUCAUUAAUGCUUAUGUGUUGUUUUCACAUUAGAUUUGGUCUUUCACACAACUCCGAACCUUGUCACUUUUAACUGUACGUGGGGGAAAUGUGAAUAUGUGUGUGUUUCUUCUCAUUUACUUUUAUUACCAGUGAUACUCAAAAUGUAUGUUUAGAAGAAAAGACAAUCAUUAGACUGUGGUACUUUGUUUUCCAUAAACAUGUUAAAAGUAAUGCCUUCAUCUAUUGGAUUUUCGACUAUUCUGAAGUAAAGUUUAUUGUCAUAUUUACUAAGGUUCGGUAGAACUGUGGAGUGCAGUAGAUACUUGGAUUGUAUCCUGAACACCGUCUUCUCAUACACUAUUAAAAUAGUCAUCAGUGAAACUUUUUUUCUUAGUGUAAGUUAAAAGUUAAAAAGUUAAAUUAUAUUGAAAUUAUAAUCUGAUGAAGAACUACUAAAGAUAUUGUGGCACAUAGAGUCAGUAUGACUCUUUAUUACUAUUGUUGUUAUUCAUUUGUUUAGUCAUUUUCAUUAAUCCCAUCUUGGACAUCGUUAACAUUUUGAGUAUUGACAGUUGCCUUUAGCCUUAAAAUAGUUUUUGUUGCUUCUUCUUUCACCUGCUCCUCCAAUGUUUGUGUCACAAUAGGUUGUAACUUUUUCAGUCAUACCUGCCAUGAUGGUAUUCAUGCUUUUAACCACCAACUAAAAGCUUAAAAAAAAUGAAUACUUGUUUGUUUGUUGUCAGUUAUCAGAAGUGCUCAUGCUGUUUCCUUGUUUUCCAUCAGUAUGCCAAAUGUCCAAUGGGCCAAUACACUCUAAGAACACUUCAGUAGUUAAUGGUGGCUUCAGCCUUAAGGGAAGAAUUAUUCAUUUCUUACAGUAACCUGCUGUAUUUCAACGUUUUGUUUAUAUUAAACGAUAAUUCUUCAUUCUCAUGCA